ACGUAUAGUUUUUAUCCCGUUAGAGGAAAUGCGAAAGCUGCAGAGCUGCACGGAUCUCUGAGCUCAGUCGAUGGACAUGAACUCCGUUUUUACGACAGAAAAGUGUUGUGUAUUUCAGCUGUCUUAACUUUUAUUUCGAGUAAUGGCGAACGACUUUGUUAAGACUUUUGUCCGGGUGUGUAGAAACCUCCAAGACCCCUGUCAUGUUGCGAGGUUUCAGCAGCUGUGCGGCGUUAAAGGGACGUUUCCCAAUAAACCCACCAAGCCGGGCGGCGGACAGUCGGAGCAGGACUUUCCCGAGCUGAGGAAGAGGGUCCAAAGCUCCUCGGAGGGAAGUGUGGGGAAUGGAGCAGCUGGGGACGCGACCUCAGCUCAGGUUAACGGGAUGCAGGGUGACAACACAGCGAGGCCCGACGAGGCUGCUCUCGACUCGGACACCGCCAGAGCAAAACCCCUCCGGAAAAACUCCCUGACCGGAGAUAUGGGUCAAGAGUUCCUCAUCCACAACAAGUUUCUGUUCUACCUGUUCACGUUCGGCACAGAGCUGGGCAACGAGAUGUUCUUCAUCGUCUUCUUCCCCUUUCUCUUCUGGAACAUCGACGCCCUGGUCAGCCGGAGACUGAUCGUGGUGUGGGCCUGGAACCUGUUCGUGGGACAGUCCACCAAGGACAUGAUCCGCUGGUCCCGGCCAGCCUCCCCUCCUGUGGUGAAGGUGGAGGUCUUCUACAACUCGGAGUACAGCAUGCCGUCCACACACGCCAUGACAGGGACAGCCAUACCCUUCUGUCUCUUCAUGCUGACAUAUGGACGAUGGCAGUACCCCUUCCUCUUCGGUUUAUCGGUGGCUCUCAGCUGGAGCGUUCUGGUCUGUGUAAGCAGAGUCUACAUGGGGAUGCAUUCCAUUCUGGAGGUAAUUACUGGCUUCCUCUACAGCCUUCUUAUUCUAGCCUUCUUCCAGCCAAUUUUGGAAAAGAUCGACAACUUCUACAUGACGGACCACUAUGCUCCACUGGUGAUCAUCGUUUCACAUGUGAGUCUGGGACUCGUGGCUUUCUCUCUGGAUUCGUGGAGCACCUCCCGAGGCGACACAGCUCAGGCUCUGGGCACCGGGGCAGGAGCUGCUUUGGCCUCCUAUGUGAACCACCAAUUGGGGCUGCUGCUGGAUCCACCACUGUCGGCCCUUCCUCUUACUCUACCGCCACUCAGCAUCAGCAUGGUGCUUCUCUCCCUGCUGCGCUUUGCCAUCGGGGUCGCUGUAAUCCUUGUUACCAGAAUGAUUAUGAAAGCGGUGACUAUUCCGUUCCUAUGCCAACUGUUCGGGCUGUCGUCAGAUGAUGUAAGACAAGUGAGGCAGCACAUGAAAGUAGAGUUGCCGUACCGCUACAUUGUCUACAGUGUUGUUGGUUUCAGUUGUGUCAGUGUGGUGCCUCUCCUCUUCAGGAUCUUAAACCUCGCCUGAGUGUUUUGUGCAAACUGUCAUUUUUACUGCUGAAAGGAUGAAGGCAAACAGCACUUACAGAAAAAAUGCUGCUUUGAGAAAUAUAUGAAAAUGUCAUAGAGCGUCAUUGUGGCCUAAAAACAAAAAACUAACAAACCAAUGAGCCAGACUGUUGCACUGGGCAACAUAUUCAACCAUUCAUUUUUCUGACUGGAUCCCACAUCCCUCAAUUGAAAUACACCAAGUGUGUAUCAAUCCAUGGCUGAAAGUAGUCCCCAGCAAAAAACAGUAUUUAUUUCUGUUUCAGUAUUAACAUUGAAAACGAGAAUGAUUACAGCUUUUAAAAAGUUAUAAGUAUUUAUUUGUUUCCCUUUUUAAAAUAAAUUUUAGUCUUCAGGAUCCAAUGGUAUCUGGGCCAGAGCCUGAGAGUGGUCAGAAAGCUCUGAGAGAAUCAGUUAACUAUUGUAGUUUUUAUUUCUUUAGAACAUCACCAGCCUUAUCCUUAAAGAUCCACCUGUGGGCAACAACUUCAAGUGUUAACUGGAACUUUAUCUAUCAGAUGUACUGUAAUGAUGCUUGCAUUCAUUAUUGAGGAAUAUAUUGCACAUUUUCAUUGUUUGAUUAAAACACGGGAUCAUAUUUUAUUGGAGAAUUCCAUGCUCGAAAAAUAAAACCAAACAAUGAAUCGGUGAUGUGUGAAACGAGUUCACUUCAUUUCUUAUUUUUGCUUUGCGUCAAUCAAGUCCGCCUAGAAGCGUUGAAAUACAGGAAGUGUUUUAGCUCAUGGGUGUCAGGGUAGUUAGACGAUCUCUAUUUAAAUCUCAAAGAUGUUUUUCGUGGUCUUUGAAAAGGCUCGUUGUUUCAUUACAGUUCUUCGCAUUGUCACAGUAAAAACUAUCGUGUCAUGUUUUUUUGUACAUCUUUUUGCUUUUUUUGAAAAACAUUUGUAUUUUUUAGUCCAAAUGUCAGUCAAGUAAUGAGCAUUUGAAUGCAUAAAUUAAAAUGACCUGUAUUUUUGAUGAAGUAUUUUGCCAUUUAAAUGAACUUGACCUGAUCUAUUGCUCUAGAAAAAAAACACAAAUCUUUAUGAUUCAUACUUGAUUUCUAAGAAUUCCGGUGAGGAAAAGAUUCCUGCUGCCCUACAGUGUAUGAAACACUUGUAAAACUUUCUCAACUGUUUGUUAUUUGCUGUUGUAUUUUACCAUUAAUGCUUUACUCCUAUAUCCAUGUGAUAAUACUAAUGAAUAAGCAUUUAUACUCAUCAUCAUCCAGUACUCGUUGAUAUCAAUAGCUCAAUUUCAUCCAUUCUCUGAUCUUUUUCUGUCAUACAAGGACUAUAUGUUAUGGAAAAAUUUGCAAAGGAGAAUAAAAUAUUACAAAAUAAGAAAAAA